AUGGAUCUUAGACUGAUUCACAUCCUGGGGUAUUUGGUAGGCCUGUUCUUCGCACUAGAACCAUCAUACAUUCACCCAGAUGAACACUUCCAAAGUUUGGAGAUACUGGCGCACCACUUCUACGAGUCGAAGAUCACGAUACCGUGGGAAUUCCAUCCUAGUAACGCGGCUCGCAGUUUUGGGCCGCUUUAUCUCGCAUACGGCCCGAUUUUCUACAUAUUUGGGAAAAUAGGAUCUCAAUUGUCUCCCAUUACGCUGCUUUACCUCGUGCGUUUGCAAAAUUACAUUGUCUUUACGUGCAUCUACAAAUUGGCACUUCAAUUCCUGCUGCGAUCGAAGCUUGACCGUGCUAAAGCCACUUUCUACAUUUCGACUUCUUACGUGACAUGGACGUAUCAAAGCCACUCGUUUUCUAACUCGCUCGAAACAUGCGUUUUGCUGGUAACACUAUCGUUAUUCCAGGUUCUGGUCCUCGACGCCAGGGUGCCACGUUACAACCACUACCGCACAUCUUCCAUCCUUGGCAUGGUUAUAGCUUUCGGUGUAUUCAACCGCAUAACAUUUAUUGGCUUCAUCGCUCUGCCAGUAAUUUUCACUUUGCAGAAGUUUUAUCUGGCCCACUUCAAGUCGUUGUGCAUUUGCGUAACCACCUUCACUAUAUCCUGCUGUGCAUUCAUUUAUUUCGACACUCUCAUGUUCCAAUCGCCGCAAUGGUGCAUUGCCCCGCUCAACAACUUGAAGUACAACCUAAAGAGCUCCAAUCUGGCUCUACAUGGUGUUCACCCGCGUUACACGCAUAUCCUGAUUAACAUUCCGCAAAUGGUGGGCCCUCUUUUGAUUUAUUUCAUUUCCAAGAAACAGAAAAUGAAUCUAGCGAUGCUCUCGUGUGUUUCUGGGCUUGUUUUCCUGUCAGCAUUUCAGCAUCAAGAAUUACGGUUUCUAGUCCCGCUAAUGCCCUUGUUUUGCGCCUCCAUCAAUUUGUCCAACUACAACUCGGCAAGGCGAACUAAGUAUAUUACCCAAAUUUGGCUGAUGUUCAAUGUUACUCUGGGCAUAAUUAUGGGUUCUUUGCACCAAAGAGGGGUCAUAACAGCCAUAGAAGAAACUACUAAAAACAAUGCUAACGUUGGAGUUCAUUUAUGGUGGAAAACCUAUUCUCCACCAACAUGGCUGUACUCAAAUAGAGAACUUGUUGUGUCUACUCUCAACGUCUACGAUGGAGAAGAGAGACUCGACAAUUUGGAUUUCGGGAUUCUCACCAAUCACGUUGUAGACUUGAAAGGUUGUGACUACGAACUCUUUGGAGACGCCGUUGCUGGAUUUCUCCAGCACAACGCCAGCAUCCGAGUCUUCAUCCCCAAAUCAACCGAUAAAAUUUUCAAGAAAAUCGACAUCGACAAUAACACCACUGAAGUUCACAAGACCUGGGAAACUUAUCUCAGUUUGGAUCUAGAUCAUCUGGAAUUCACAGACGUUUCUACCGUGACACCCGGUUUAACGGUUUACGAUAUAAGUUUGAAAUAA